AUGGAACCAUCACAUUUUUCAGUGAUAGGUCAGCCUAAUCAAACUAUACCUACUCAAUAUGUCAUGAAUGAAGUUGGUGCAACAGCAACAACUGAAGUUGUUGGACCGGAAUUAGUUAAUACCCAACCUACAAAGAAGAGGAAAGUUAGUGCAAGUGGUUCUAGGCAAUCAUUUGCUUGUUGGGAGCACUUUAUUAGAUUACCAUAUGACUUAGUUGAUACACCCACUUCAGCUUGUAAAAACUGCCACAAAAAAUACCUAUGUGACCCUAGGACUCAUGGCACCACCAAUAUGAACCAUCACAUUUUAAAAUGUGCAAAGAAGCCUAGAACCACUUAUCCCACCCAAACUAUUCUUACAUACCCCUCCGUAGAAGGAUAUAGUUUGGGUCAUGUUAGCUCCAAAUUUGACAAGCAAGCUUGUAGAAAAGCUUUGUCAAUUUUUGUGGUUCUAGAUGCACAACUAUUUAAUGCAGUUGAGGGGGAAGGUUUUAAGUACUAUUCUAAAGUAAUGCAGCCCCAAUUUACUCUCCCAUCUAGGCGUACAGUAGCUAGAGACUGUUUUCAGCUACACUUGGAUGAGAAACAAAAACUAAAAGCCUUCUUUAAGUCUGACUCUAAUAGAGUAACACUUACUACUGAUUGUUGGACUUCUAUCCAAAAUCAAAACUACUUAACCCUUACGGCACACUUCGUGGAUAACGAAUGGAACUAUCAAAAGAGAAUUAUAAGCUUCACAGUUAUUCCAAACCACAAGGGUGACACGGUAGGUAGGAAGAUUGAAGAGGUGUUAAGGGAUUGGGGAAUUAUUAUUGUGUCUACCAUAACUGUUGAUAAUGCAACUUCAAAUGAUGUAGCCGUAGCAUAUUUGCAUAAAAAAAUAUCAACUAUGAAUGGGAUGAUGGGGGAUGAAAAAUUAUGUCUCGAUGUUUCAACUCGUUGGAACGCGACAUAUUUGAUGCUUGAGGCUGCAGAGAAGUUUCAAGCUGCUUUUGAUAAGCUUGAGUAUGAAGAGUCGGGCUAUAGGGAGUUCUUUGGAAAAGCAACUAAUGUUUUUUCCACCGCUCAAAGUGUGAGUUUGCAUAGUGCUUUUCACCAAGUGUCUGCGAUCUAUUGUGAGCUGAAGCAAGCUACUAUGAACUUGAAUGGUGUUUUUGCAAGUGUGGGUGGGAACAUGAUGGAAAAGUAUAAUAGAUAUUGGUGGUGUGCUACUAAGAUGAACAAGUUGAUUUAUUUUGGAACUAUUUUGGAUCCAAGAUACAAGUUGAGUUAUAUUGAGUGGACUUUUAAGGAUAUGUAUGGAGUUGGAUCUGUGUUUGCUAUCGGGUUGAUCAAAUCUAUAAAAGAGAGCUUACAAAAAUUGUAUGAUUGGUAUAAGCAAGCUUAUGACCAAAAUCAUAAUAGACAACCUCUUGGUAGCGGUGAAAACAAUGUUUCCAAUGAUGAAACAAUAGCUGGCCGUCCUUCACUAAUGGCUAGAGCCGAUGCUUUUGAGCAAUAUUUAGAGGAACAAGAAUUGAUUGAUCAACAAAAUGAGCUUGAGGGUUUUUACUCUAGUAAGUGUGUCAAAAGGGAUCCUAAAUGUGACCUUCUUGUGUGGUGGAAACACAAUUCAACACAAUAUCCUAUUUUAUCUACAAUAGCUAAAGAUAUUUUUGCCACACCAGUGUCUACGGUUGCAUCAGAAAGUGCCUUCAGUAUGAGAGGGAGAGUCUUAGAAACUUAUAUGAGCUCCCUAAAACCUGAAAUGGCAGAGAAUUUGAAGAAAUUUCUUCUGCAGCAAGAAGAAGAUCUUUACCGUCUCAGCCACAACCUUCUGGUUGUGCUUGAAAAAUAUGGAGUUCAACUAUGUUUUUUGAAGUCAUAUGUGACAUAUAUUUUGUGA